AUGGCAGAUAGCAAUGUCUCGUUUUUUCUAGAGAAGUUGACCAACUUGGCCAUUCAAGAAGCUUCUCUAUUUGGAGAAGUCGAAGGGCAGAUCACGCUGCUGCGCAACGAACUUCCAUGGAUGCGACUCUUUCUGAGGCAAGCAAGUAUGAACCGCACAUCUGAUGAAAGGUUGAGGCUGUGGGUGGAUCAGAUGAGAGACGUAUGUUUUGAUGCUGAAGAUGUCGUGGACGAUUUCAUGUUCAGGGUUGAUCACAUGCGCCAGCAAAGACUCAACAAUCUCAAAUGUCUCAGGCCCUUACCUCAAUGCAUUGGCUUCGGUGACAAGUUACUGCUCGUCCAUGACCUCAAGGCUCGAAUGGAGAAUAUCAAUAUCACAGUUGAGAAAAUUUUGGUUAAUAAAACGAGGUAUGGUAUUGAAAAUCCAAAGGAUUUGGAAACUUGGAGCUUUACCAAGGAAGAAGACCUGCCGCCUACAGAGAAGGUGGGGGUGGUUCCAGAUCGAAAUGUUGGGGGAGUCGACUUUGUGGGGAUGCAAUCUCAAGUGGAAUGUGUGAGGGAUCAACUGCUGACGGGGACAGGAGUGGUGAGCAUUCUGGGGAUGGGCGGCCUAGGCAAGACAACUCUUGCUAGGAGAGUCUAUAAUGAUAGAAAUGUUAAGCGACACUUCGAUUGUCAUGUUUGGGUUUCUGUAUCUCAGGAGUAUAGAAUUGAAGAGCCCUUGAUGUGGAUCGCCAAUUCUGUUCUGACGCCCACUCCUCAACAGAGACGUAGAGUAAAGGAGACUGAGUUAGGGAACACGCUUCGGGAUAGUUUGAAAUCCAAAACUUACCUGAUAGUAUUGGAUGAUUUAUGGAGCCCUCAGGUUUUGGUUGAUUUGAGCUCUCAUUUUCCUGAGUCAGAUAAGAGCAGAGUGCUGAUCACUACUCGCAUCCUAGAAGUAGCUCAUCAUACCCCUUCUUAUCUACAUGAAAUUCGGCCGCUGAGCUUUGAUGAUAGUUGGGAGCUCUUCCUCUUAAAGGUUUUUCGGGUAACAACUACAAAACCCAUAAAAGUCCAAUCUGAUUUGGAGGAACUGAGGGAGGCUGUGGUAGAUAAAUGCCAAGGUUCCCCUCUUUCCAUUGCGUUGUUAGGAGGACUUUUAUCCGGAAAGCAGAAGACACCAGAAUCGUGGAACCAAGUACUUCAAAGUAUAAAGCGGCAUGGGGAUGAUCAUCAACCAUUCUAUUUGUGGAUUCUUUCUUGGAGUUAUAAUGACUUGCCCUUUUACUUGAAGUCAUGCUUUCUCUACUGUGGUCUUUUUCCAGAAGACCAUGAAAUCAGCGCAAGAAAGCUAAUCAACUUGUGGAUUGCUGAGGGUUUCGUACAAAAAAGGGGAGAAGAAACACUGGAAGAGGUUGGUGAAGAUUACUUAGCAGAACUGAUCCAAAGAAGCUUGAUCCUAGUUGGUAAAAGGAGGUUAGACGGGGGAGUGAGGUCUUGUUACAUCCAUGAUAUGGUCCGAGACUUCCUCAUUUCAGAAGCUAAACAGUCCAGACUUUUUGAGGUAUGUCACAACAUCAAAUUCACAACCCCUCUUAGCCCUCGUCGGCUUUCAUUUCAUGAUCAUCAUGGUAUCAAUCAUAGUAUCUCUCAGCACUUGAAUAGUUCGCGUCUUAGAUCUUUAAUUUGUUUCAGUACUGAAUGCCUUGGACAAAAAGGUUUGGAUUCAUUAAUACAAGGCAGCAAAUUGUUGACAGUGUUGGACUUAAGGGGGUUCGGUGGUAUCAAUGAGCUUCCCAAGAGGAUUGGACAACUUAUCCACCUAAAAUACUUGGGCUUGAGGGAUAGCAGGAUAAAAAGGCUUCCAAAGUCUAUAGGCAAACUUGUAAAUUUGCAAGCCUUAGACUUGCGUGAUAGUCUCAUUGAAAGGAUACCGCAUACAAUUUGGAAAUUACGCCAACUGAGACAACUAUAUGGUGGUACUGGCGUGGUUUUCAGCCCCUUUAUGGGUUGUCUCUUGGAAGGGCAUUUGGGUUUUGGAGAACUAACAAACCUUCAAAUUUUAGCUAUAAAGUGGGGUGGUUGGGUGGAGGACGGUGGUUUAGGAAAAUUGACCCAGCUUAGGAAAUUAAAAAUACAAGGAAGCGAAGACCUGCCUUCCUUCCAGUUUUCUUCUUUCUCAUGUCACACAUAUCUUUAUAAGUUGUUCCUUAAAGGAAGGCUAAACAAGUUACCUGAGGAAACUACAUUCUACCCUCCCAACCUCGUGAAACUAAAAUUGAAGUAUUCUAAAUUAGAGGCAGAUCCAAUGCUGACUCUGGAAAAGCUGCCCAACUUGAGGAUUCUCCAAUUAUUGUCCUCCUCCUAUUUGGGAAGAAAACUGGUCUGUUCUUUUGAGGGGUUCCUGAAACUCGAGUCUCUAACACUGUCUGACUUGAGCGAAUUAGAAGAGUUGAGUCUGGAGGAAGGAGCAAUGCGUGGGUUGAGAUCCUUAAAAAUUGAAGGGUGUGGUAACAUGAGAGGGCUUGUUCAUGGUUUGUUACACCUGCAAAAUCUUCAACAACUAAAGCUAAAACGAGUAAAUCCUGAAUUGACAGAAGAGUUGGACCUCGCAGAGGGAGAAGACCUCCGCAGGAUUCGUUCUAUCACCAGGAAAAUUCAAGAGAAGACAUGA